GCCUGUUCGACAGUUGCUAAGGCCAAUAAAAUUCAAUUGAGUUAAGACGUGUUGGUGUUUCGUGCCCAUUAAGGGUAUCUACCCAUAUUACAACUCUUACUACUACUACUACUACUACCACUCUACCACCAUCGGGAAAAAGCUGAACUGGCAGAACGAUGGAUUUUUUCUUAGGUGCAUUGGCAUCGUGUGGGGCUGUCUUAGUGUCAAACCCAAUGGAUGUUCUCAAGACUCGUAUGCAACUUGAGGGAGAGCUCAAAGAGCGAGGGAGAUACACCGUAAUAUACAGAAAUAUUUUUCAUGCAGCAUAUACAGUUGGAAAGCAAGAUGGAUGGAGUGGCCUACAAAAGGGAUUAGGACCAGCUUUAGGGUACCAGGUUGUCAUGAAUGGUAUCCGAUUUGGUUUAUACCAGAAAAUCCUCGACUCAGGAAUCAUAUCUUUGAAGGAUGGCAGUACUUCAACUUUAGGAUGUGUUAUUGCUGGAGCAGGAGUUGGUGUCAUUGGUGGAUUUUUCGGGAGUCCCCUUUACUUGGUAAAGACACAUCUACAGUCACAGGCCGUCGAAUCUAUAGCUGUAGGCUAUCAGCACAACCAUCAAGGAGUUAUAUCAGCACUUCAUAACAUAGCUAAGCAAGAAGGUUUAAAAGGUCUUUGGCGUGGUGCAACUACUUCCAUCCCACGAGUUGGUAUAGGAUCAGCUUCACAGUUAUUCACCUAUUCUAAAAGCAAAGAUUGGUUGGAUCAGUAUGAGUUAUAUCCCAGAAACAGUUGGCAAAGUACUUUAGCUGGAGCCAUGGCAAGCGGUUUAGUUAUAGCACUGUGCAUGAGCCCUUUUGAUGUCAUAGCUACACGUAUAUAUAAUCAAGGCCUUGACGGUAAAGGUCGUGGAUUAUUGUACAGUGGCAUAACUGACUGCGUUUUGAAGAUAUUCAAGACUGAAGGUCUUUGGGGAUUCUACAAAGGUUGGACAGCAAUAUAUUUCAGAAUUGGUCCUCAUAGCUUUUUAAAUCUUAUAUUUUGGGAUCAACUGAAGCUUUUAUACAAUUCGUACCAAAAUCUAUAAUUUUUUAGUGUAAGUAUUUUUGCAAGAUGUAUUUCUAUGAUGUAAUUCAAAUUUAUGUUUAUAUGCCAUAUCCUCUUCUGAAAUCUAGGAGCAAAGUAUAAUCAUUCCUGAUAUUUACAAAUAACAUAUGAUGAAGAAAGUUAUUAGUAUAUUCAUAAGGUACAGGGAUGCCUCUCUUUUUUUUUUUAAUUACUACUGUAUAUAUUUUGAAAAUUUUUCUAUUAUGAGGUAUUAUACUUAUUACUGUAUUAUAAGAAAAUUAUUUUAUCCUAUAGUUGUUACUUGAACUGCAUCAUGUUAAGUUGCACCUGUAAUGUAAAUGCAGAAUUAUUGCAAACUGCUGAAAUCAGGUAUAUUUAUGCAGAGUCGGUGGUAAGGCUAUAACAUUUUGUUUAUGAUGAAAUCUGUAAAAAUUGUUUCCAAUGCAGAUUGAACUAUCACCUGUGUGGCUUCGUUGUUGAUUAGUUACAGGAAAGAAUAGACAGCAUUGCAAGUUAGAUUCUCUUAGAACAGAAAAUUAAUGUUAAAUCAAAUAGUUCCAUGCAGGGCCUGUGACAUUAUGUCUUACCAUUUCUGUUAUGAAAGGUGGGUAUGCUUAACACAAAGUUAAUUAGACUUCCACACAGUUCCUUUAGUCAUUAUUUUUUUUAAUCAAGCUUUUCUCCGUUUCUUUGACACUUGAUUACUUUUGUCUUAUAUAAUUAUAUUGAAAUUUUAAAAUAUAUACAUCAUAUCACCUAUUAAUAGUUAUCUAGCAUUUAGGAUGCAUUUGCAGUUUUUGGAGCAAAAGCUCAUGUACAGAAACCAUUUAAUUAUUUUAAUUGUUAUUAUGUUAAUAUUUUGAUGGUGAGCUGAAUAGAUUUGUUUACAAUGGCAUCUUAACUUAACAGACAGUUCGGCAGUCUUGCCUUUCUGUAAGUUAUGAAAUAUGUUGAUUAGUGAAGGCCUAAGAUGCAGUAGUAUAGAUUACAUGAUAUACUCCAGAACAAGUGUAGCAAUUCUGUGAAAAUCUAUUUUCCUCUCUUCCCUCUCUUGGUAUGUUGCAUUAUUUCACUAAGUUUUUUGAAAGGUCUUGUAGGUUGUUAAAUUCAGUAAUUUAUGCCAUAAUGCAGGUACGAAUAUGAAAUAUAGAUGGCACGUGCAUAUGUGCCGCCUUUGUCUAUGAUUUUAUAGAGCAAAUGUUUGCCAUUUUGUACUUCAUAAUGGUAAAUCAACUUGAAAAAUCCAAUAAACUUUCCAUCCAAAUCUCCACCUGUUUGUGUGCAGGGCUUAUGAAAUCCACAUCACAGCAGUAUUAUUUUUCAUAUGGCACAUCAUAAAAAUUUUUUAUCCUUUUGCUGUCUCAAACAUGUAAGCUACUUGAUUUUAACAGUAUUAUGCACUAUAUUUACUGAUAAACAUUAUAUUAAUCUCAUUUGAUUAAGAGAUAUUAACUUUAUCAAAACUUGGAUUGCAAAAAGGAUAUGAGAGGAAGAGGCAGUCUCAUACUGUUGUUUAUAGAAGCUACAAUCUCCAUGUAAUUGACAGAUGAAGUGUGAACAACUACAAUUACAGUAUUAAUGACAGUAUAUAUGUAUCAGAUGUAAUUAAUAUUGUUGUAUGGAGAAAAAAUUAAAUUUACAUGUAAAUAUUCUGAGUUCAUAUGUUGAUUACAUGAAUAAAUUGAAUUCUCAUAAACAGACAUGUCUGUCUGUGUGUUUCUCUCGUGCACCGUGCUCUGUUAUUUAAAUUAAUCAUAUUUUAUAAUGGGUGUUAAUAUCUCAUAAUAAAAUGUGACUAUUAUCAUUGCGCACAUCAAUAAAUAUAGUAGCCCUUAGCAUAUUUACCCAAAUUUUCAACAAAUGGUAUAAGGAUAGCAUAAGUUCAAGUAAUUUGCAGUGUUUUGGACAGCAUAAGGACUACAUAAGGUUUUGUAUGCCAUACCAAAUAAGUAAAAUGCAUAUUCCUUCAUAUAUCUUUAAUAUUAAGCCAUUUACGCAUGUAAAUACUCAAAGGCUGCAAUGCAGCAUAUUCGCUAGACAUAAGAGAUCACAUUUGUGUGAAUUGCAGGCUCUUUACAAGGCUUUGAAACACACUAAAUGUUCAUUUAGUGGAAGAAAAAUACAGAAAGUGGUGCAUGAUGGGUCAAAGAAGCCAUGUAACUGGGUUAGGCUGGCAAGCAUUGGUCACAUUUUUUAUCAUAUUCAGUGUCCAGCAAGCUCACUGUAUUUUGUUAAGCUGAAAAUAUGAUUUUCAAUUUUCCAGACUUGGACAUAUCCGUUAAGUAAUGAAAUCUACAAAGUUCAAUCUGUUAAGUUAAGGUGCUGUUAUAUUUAGUUAUUAUAGCAAUGAGUCAGGACUUCUUAUGUCAAUCUUAUUUUUUUUUAUAUAUAUAUGUAGCAUAUUUUUUGUGCAAGUGACUAGGCUUAGAUUUUUCAUGUUUUUUUUUUUUUUUUCAUAUUUUCACUUAAAAUUUAAUCCAUUUCAUGUAAGGCUAUGCAUACCCUGUGUGUGAAUUUCAGUUAAUUCCAUGUUCUUUACUUACUAUGUAUAAAUCACUUUUAUGUUUGAUGAUAAAUUUACUGCGUGGUUAGUCAUAAAGACACAAGUAGGUUGUCUUCACAGUAAGAUUGAAACAUAGAUUUCACUUUUUAUGGAAAAUACGUAGUGAAUUGUCCAGAAUUUUUGCCUUAAUUGUAUGCUCCAGAUCUAACUCCUCCAAGAAAUACAGCAACCUCAAAAUUACCAAAAGGUGAGCAGGAGAUGCAUUCAUAUUGGUGUCUGUUGGACUGAUGAACAUGGUUUCUUGACUCCAAUACCAUCAUUUCCUUCUAUAUAAGCUUGUGCGAGUAUUAAAUUUUGCUUUUUAGUACAUUGCCACAGAAAAUAACCAAGGCAGAAUUUUCCAAGGUGCCUCCCCCCUCCUUUCUUGAUCUUGCUGGCUUGCUUUCUUGAGUGCUUAUUGCUAAAGUGUAGUGAAGAGGAUAAAGUGACCUAACAUUUUUUACAAAGUUGCCCAGUGAUGCUGCGUCAAGUUUUCCAUGAGAAAUAAGUGGGACCACUACUCUGUUCCAGCCCCAAUUUAUCUAUUACGUUGCUUUUAUUCAAUGUUUAUUUUUUUAUUGAAUUAUCUACAACAAUGUAGACCACUGCAUUCAGUGGUGAAGUGUAACUGUUUAUUCCAUUAUUUUUCAGUUUCAUUUCUGGUAAUAAAUUUCCUUUUUCUUAUUGUAAUGAAGACAGAAGCUAUAAGAAAUUUUAAUAACCAUCACUUUAGUGCAUUGCUACCUUUCAGUAAUGACAAAGUUUUGGAUAUAUACAAAUACACAUUUGGAAUAUACUACCUAUUGUGCUUUGCCUGCUGGUGAAUCAAUAUUGGUGAGAAUUAAGUGGUAAGAGAUGGGAAGGGCAGCAGUAAACCUUAGUGUUGAUGUACAGUUUUAGCAUUUAGUAAGAAUAGUAUUUUUGCACAAUUUUAGUGUUUUUUAAGAAAAGUAGUUUUGCACAGUUGUAUUUUGUUAACAGUUUUUGUUUAAAACUUAAGGUUCAGAAUUAGUACAAACUGCACCUCAUUGUUUGUGGAGAAAGGACUGUAUUUGUUAUCGUAAUGAAAAAACAUUAGGGUAUAUUCCUGUGUAAGACUUUGUGUUUGAUGUUUAGAGGUGAUAAAGUUAUCUUAUGUCUAGUACUGUUAGUAUCUGUGAUAGUUGUAAGUGCAGUGUAAGCAUAUUAGUGGCACAAAUUCUAUUAUUAUUAUUGUUAUUACACCAUUUGAUAUUUGCUCAUGUCAUAAUGGACAAUUUCACUUGUUCUGUUGAGUUUCAGACAUUUUUUGUAUCUUGUAUGUAACAUUUUUAGAUUAUAUUUAAUUUUUUUACAUAAACUGGUCCUGUUACGAAUUUUGACUCAAAUACUGUACUGGGUAAUACAAUCAUGGAGAUUUAUGUCAUUGCAACCAACUCUCAGUUCAUUGAGAAGUCAGCAUUUAAAGUUACUUUUGUCUUUCCUCCAAUCAGAAAUCUAGAGCAAAAUAGCAAAAUAGCUCUUCGCCACAAGAUAUCUUAUUCUGGUGCAGUAUGCUCCAGUUGAGAGUGAGGUCACAACUUUGGGUCAUAUGGCGACUUCUUGGGACACUUCCCUUACCAGGACCAUUUACAAAAGACCAGUCUUGAACUUUAUUUUAUGUGUAGAGAAUAAAUAUUUUUGGGUAUUCUUGUCAAACAGCAAGUUAUUCAGUUGAGGCAUCUACAACUGAAAAAUAUGAUAGGAUACCAGAUAUCAAAAUAGCUUAUUAUAUCAGAGAGGAUUUUUGACAGUUUACCAAAGACAGAUACUCAGAUGCCAAUAAAGUUAAGACAGGAUACCAAAGAGGAAAAAGCAUCCCAAUAAAGUAUAAGUACACGGUAAAACUGUGCUACUUUUUUCUUACCAAAACUUACAACACUUCAUGUCUAACAUGUUAAAUCGUAAUAUCUUAUUUUUGAUUGUGUAUCUGAUGUUGCAGUGUUCUUUAUAAUGUUUGAGGAAUGGCUGUAUUCACUUUCUUUUGUUUUUAAGGAUGCAACAGAUUAUUCUUUCAUUUUCCAUUACUUCAUACUGUAGCAUCAUAUUACAUUAUUGAUUCAUCUAUUUCUAAACAUUUCUGCAGUUGGUGAGAGAUAAUAGUGAAAGUGCAAUGCAGUAGCAUUUCAACAGCAAUUCUGCUGAAGAUGAAAUUUAAAAUAAUUUGCAUCCUCAAAAAUGUAUGAAUUUGUACAUUUAGUAAUGAUGUAGUGACUUUCAGGAUUUGGGCUUGGCAGCUGUUGUAACAAUAACAUGAUUUCAGUUCAAUAUUAAAGAGGGAAUGGGCAAUACAUUUCUACAGUAAUUCUUUGUUGCAUAUGAUUGAAAUUUAUACCUUAAUGGCCACAUCAGAAAUAGUAUGGUUAGAGUGUACAUACUUAUAUGGUUGAUCUUUGAAAAAUUGAGUCUCACUCGUAGCUAAAUUAAUCUUUCACAAUAAGUCAAUCUGUCACACUUUUGUUUGAUUCUUUUCAAGUCUGUGUCCACAAGUAUCCCCAUUUUCCAUGGGCUUUCCUACAGGUCUCCAUCCUUUUGCUUCCAUGCCUUCUGCUUUUCUGAGUAACUGGUCCACAUCCCUUCCCAUCAUAUGUCCAAACUAUCUCAGUCUUCAUGCUUCAGUAUUUUUUCAAACCAUAUACAGAAUUUGUGUGCACGCAUUUUCUACCUACAGUAUUCAUGUUCACUUUUGCAGUUAAAUAGUUACAGGAUACAUCUUUACAUUCAAGACUGUUCUGUUACCGCUGGUCUUGGUAAUGCAGUCUACUGCAGAUGUUACUCAAAAGUGCUGUGUUGGUGAGGUACAUACACCUUAUGUGUAGCAUGAGGGUUUCCAAGUUUGUGUUUACUCAAAUUUAGUUGCCUGUUGGAAGAAGCCUGUUGGAGAAGGUUAUUCAUAUUGAGGCCGAGUUUGUCAUCAAAUCCUAAAUUUUUUGUUAUUGAAAUAGGGGAAAGAUGCAUUAUGAAGCACAGAUAAGGCGAGGGUAAUUUAAGGUGUAUUUGUAUAUACUUCAUUGUUAAAAAUGCACUGUAAUUUUAGUGUCUAAAUUUUUAUUUUAAACUAGUCUAACCAAUCACUUAGUCAUGUGAAAACUCAGAAAAGUGGGAAUUUGUGUCAAGUACAUAAAAUGUACUCUAAAUUGUUUUAAUAUAAUUUCUCAGUGCAUAUAGAUGGGUGCUUAAUGAUUGAAAAACUAAACAUUAUUCUUAGUAUUUUUAGGUUUACCACUGUAGUGCACAGCAUGUAGCUCAAUAAAUAUUUUUGUAGC